AAUAGAAGAAGAGAAAUAAAAUUAUACGGCAAUUAGAAAUAAUCACUUUCAGAGAAGCCAGAUUUUCGGUGCGAAUAAUAUAUUGUUUUAGAAUUUUGCAACUUAUUUAUAAGCCAAUACAAAAGUGAAUAAAAUAAAAUAAAAUGUCUUCGUUGACUAGAGCAUCACGAGUAUUACAACAUCAUUUGAAACGCGUACAAAGUGUGCCUGUAGCACUUUAUCAUGAGAACGUGGUUGAGCAUUACGAAAAUCCUCGUAAUGUAGGAUCUUUGGAUAAAAAAGACACUACAGUUGGUACAGGUUUGGUGGGAGCUCCUGCUUGCGGCGAUGUCAUGAAAUUGCAGAUUAAAGUCGAUGAAAAUGGUAAAAUAAUCGAUGCGAAAUUCAAGAUUGGUUGCGGCUCGGCCAUCGCUAGUAGCUCAUUGGCCACCGAAUGGGUUAAAGGGAAAACUGUAGAAGAAGCGGGCAAACUUAAGAAUACCGAUAUAGCCAAAGAGUUACGACUACCGCCUGUAAAAUUACACUGCUCGAUGUUGGCUGAGGAUGCCAUAAAAGCGGCCUUAGCUGAUUACAAAGUAAAACAGCAAAAGAAAGCUGACCAAAAUUAAAGGAAGUUAAAAAGAGAGAAGAAAAAACAAAAUGAAAGAGAU